AUGGAUACAAUAAUACAAAGUAAUAAUGGUGAUGAUAGAUUGAAUCAUAUACUUCGAUUAGUAUUGAUAAGAAACAAAGUGACAUCAAGUAUUAUCUUUUACUAUACACACCAUAUUAGUAGACAGUUGGUAUUAUCAAUUGUAUCAGUACCAUUCUUUAAAAGGGAUGAUGUUCAUUCAAUACAACAAGACAGCGAUGAUGACAAUGACAAUCAUGUCUCAAUAUUACCAUUUUAUAAAGGUCAACAAAUCAAACAAUCAUUAUGGUUAAUGAUCAAAUUUAAUUGGACCAAUAGAUUUAUAUCAGAAUUUGAUCAUCUAAUCAAUAAUAAUAAUAAUAAGAAUAAUAAUAAGAUAAUAUUAAAUGAAACAUUUUAUAUUGAAGCAACUUUAAAAGCAAACCUUGAAAUCCUACAAAGAUUACAUCUUCACAACUCUUCUUCAUCCUCCUCUUCUUCAUCAUCAUCAUCUUUAAAGUUUAUAGUACAACCAAUUUUAAUAACCAAUAUUAUAAGGGCAGGUAGUCCAAAGACAUUACAAUGGGCUUUAGAUAACAUGCCAUUCAGAUUAUUCCAUAUAGAGAAACCAAUGAAUGAAGAAUAUGAAAAACCUUCAUACAAAGAAUUAAAAUAUACUCUAAAAGAUUUAGAACAUUGGUUAUUGGAAUCUCUAUCUUAUUCUCCUACUACAACUUUUACAAUUAAUAAUAAUAAUUAUAAUACAAAUACAAAUAAUGACAAUACACAUAAUAAUAAUGAUAAUGAUGAAACCAUUUCAACUAAAAUGUUUAAAAUGUUAACAAGAAGAUUUGAAAAAGAAUUGGGAAUAUCAAAAGGAUUAAGAAAAGAGUCUGAUACUAGAAAUGAUCGUUAUCAAAGAGAUAACUUUAUCUAUAUGACAUUUUACGAUCAAUCAUCUAUAUCAAAGAGACCUGGAAAAGAGUUUUUCUAUUGUAUUUUACAACUCUACUUGUACGAUUGUAUUCAUUCAUCAACUGCUUUGCAAGUGGCAACUCUUUUUGGUGUAUUUGAAUUGAUACCAUUCAUCAAAAACACAAUCAAUACUUUACUUUGGGAGUGGCCAGAAAAACAAUUGGGAGUGGCUACUGCCCAUCCUGGAAUGGUAGAAUACAUCUUUGACUCUUACAAACAAGUAAACUUGAAUGGUGACAAGAGUCAUUCAAUCGUCUAUGAAAUCUAUAAAAAUGCAUCAAAUCAUGGAAAUAUAAAGUGUAUCGAAUACUUUCACAAGCUUUAUCCUCGUACAGAUCUCGGACUCAUCCUUCCAAAAGCUCUGACUAGAGGUGAAGAAAAACUAGUUAAUCUUUAUUUCUCUGAACAGAAACACACAGUUGCCGGAUUUAUUCGUCAAUUUAUAGUCAUAGAAUCCAUUCACAAGAGUCUUUUGACGGUCGAAUUGAUUGAUCGUCUUGUUGUCAUUCCAAGAAUACGAUUCAAUUUCACAGACAAGUUUAUUGCUACUCUUUAUUUUGCUGGAGAUGACAUUAAAAAGUGUCUCGUCAAACACAAGGAAUUAAUUUUUAUAGACUAUGGAUACAUUUUAAAGAAAUUGGCUUUGCGUGGAGACUUGGAUGGAAUCAAAGUAUUGUUGAUGGAUUGUCCAAUAUCUCGUUUUGGAUCACGUGACAAACAAAUGUAUCCGACAACCGUCUGCCUAGAAGAUAUUGAAAGUUUAUUGUGGCGUGGAAAGUAUGAUAGCGUUAGAUUACUAUUCGAGAUGAAUGCUGUUUUACCAAUGCCAGUGACCAAAAACACAGACAGCAAAUUUGAAAUGAAAUAUUUAAUCGAUAUUAUUGUCAUUUGGGCACAACCAAAACAACACGCACAAUCAUUGGAACUGAUUAAAUUCUUGGUAGAAUUUAUAGAUAUGGAUGACAUGAUUGAAAAGUUUAGAAAAGCUGCCAAUGAUAUGGACAAACAAUUUAAAACUCUAUUUAAUGUCGCUCCCAAUUCUAGUCGUCUUUGUUCUUCCAACAUUUUAAAUCUAGUCAUUGAAAAUAAUCGAAAGGAUGUUUUUGACUAUAUCAUGGGAUCAACUAGUCGUUAUUUCCCAUUCAAACAAUGUACAUCCUAUGCUAUCAUUAGUCUAAUCAAUAGUAACAACAACAACAACAACAAUAAUGAUAUGGAAAUGAUCAAUGUUAUUCUUGACAAUUCACUUUUAGAAAAGUCAUUAAACCAUUACAUUUUACGCAUUUGUACACAUGCAUCGACCAAAGGCAAUAUUGAAAUGUUUCAAUUCUUUUAUGAUCGAUUUGUGGGUAGUAUCGAAAAUGAAAAAUGGCAGUCACAAAAUCUACUUGUAGAAUCACUUUCUUAUGCAACCAAACAAUGUAGAUUUACAUUUUUGUCAUUCCUCUUUGACAAUUAUUUACGAAAAAAUGAUAAUAGUGGUCCCACUAUUCACCAAAUUGACCGUCGGUCAAGUGGAUUGAUAUAUUCUAUCGUUAGAGAUCUAUCAAACCUUUCAAGUCCAUCAAAGAGAUUGAUGAGUUGCAAUACUGUAAAAUUGUUGGUGGAAAGAUUCAUUCGUGAACCAAAGAAAUCAGGAUCCACGACUAUUGAAGCUCCCCAUACACCACAUUUUAUCAAUAUUAUCAAGAAUGACCAUUUCGAAUUGUUCGAGUAUUUGAUAGAAGUAUUUUAUUUUAAAAAUCAUCUACCUAGUUUUGGUGUCGUUGAUGAUGAUGGUGACAAUACAAACAAAUUGUCGUACGAACCAAUCAAAAAUAGAUCUGGUAUUUUAUUCAUGACAAGGAUUGAUUUUGAAGAAAUCACCUCUAUUGCCUAUGAAUAUGGUACUCUUAGAAUUAUCAAUUAUCUCCAACAAUCAAGAAAAAAUAAUCCUCUAAUCACCAAAACUUCAUUUUGUCAAUUUCAAUAA